AUGAAUCCUGAAUACGAUUACUUGUUCAAACUCCUAUUGAUUGGUGAUUCUGGUGUUGGCAAAUCCUGUCUGCUGUUGAGAUUUGCAGAUGACACAUAUACAGAGAGCUAUAUCAGCACUAUUGGUGUUGACUUUAAAAUAAGGACUGUAGAAUUAGAUGGAAAGACAAUAAAGUUACAAAUAUGGGACACAGCUGGUCAGGAGCGUUUCAGAACAAUCACAUCAUCAUAUUACAGAGGAGCCCACGGGAUCAUCAUUGUUUAUGACUGUACAGAUCAGGAUUCAUUUAGCAACGUGAAACAGUGGUUGGAGGAAAUUGAUCGCUAUGCAUGUGAUAAUGUAAACAAGCUUCUGGUUGGUAACAAAUGUGAUCUUACUACAAAGAAAGCAGUUGACUACACUACGGCUAACCAAUAUGCCGAGCAGCUGGGCAUACCGUUCCUGGAGACAAGUGCGAAGAACUCUACAAACCGCCCGCCGGGGCCUCCGUCAAGAUUGACCAGGGGCGGCCCAUCGACACUGGCAAAUCAUCCUGCUGCUGAAUAUUACUCACACUCGGCUGGCGACCGAAGCAGUUGGCCGCGCCAGCGCGCCUCACCACACUGUUAA